AUGAAUAUGAAACCUUCUUCUCUUCAAUUGACAGAUUUACCUGAUGAAAUCGUUACAAUGAUUUUUAAAAAAUUGGACAAUAUUACACUACUUUACUAUUUAUCAGAUGUUAAUAUACAUUUAAAUAGAAUAGUAUAUGAUUUUACUUUUACGAAUCGUUUGACUUUGCUAAGCCUUGUACCAAUUCGUUUGAUUAAACUAACAUCUUUAUCAAUUAAUUAUAUUUAUCCAUUGCCUGAUCCGAUACUUGAUCGUUUUUGCUUACAUAUCUUACCUAAAAUUCAUCAAAAAGUCAAAUGGCUCGAUCUUGAACCGUUAUCAAUGGAACGUAUUCUUCUUGCUACAAAUUAUCCUAAUUUAUCUGGAAUUGCUUUAUAUAAUAUUCAAAUAGAAAGAGCUAUAAAUCUUUUUUUUGGUAAGAUAUUUCACUUCGAUCCUUUUGCUGAUUAA